UAGUCAGAUGAAGCAAGGAAGACCCAAGGUUACUUUAUAGAGAGGCUCGCGGGAGUCCCGCGGACAGCUCAAUUCAGAGUCGUAGGGUUUUGCUCAGGCUGCUGUGGAAAGAUCCGGUCUGUGGGAAGAGGUCACUCCUUACUGCUGGAGCCUCGGGCUUGUGUCCUGCUUGCCUAUUAGCUGAGGAGGCGGCGGCGGAGGGCCCUGGAGCAUCACCAUGUGGGCCUUCCCGGAGUUGCCGCUGCCGCUGCUGGUGAACUUAAUCGGCUCGCUGCUGGGAUUCGUGGCCACGCUCACCCUCAUUCCAGCCUUCCGUGGCCACUUCAUCGCCGCUCGCCUCUCUGGCCUGGACCUCAACAAAGCCAGCCGGCAGCAGAUCCCAGAAUCUCAGGGAGUCAUCAGCGGUGCUGUUUUCCUUAUCAUCCUCUUCUGCUUCAUCCCUUUCCCUUUCCUGAAUUGCUUUGUGGAGGAGCAGUGUAAGACCUUUCCCCACCAUGAAUUUGUGGCCCUGAUAGGUGCCCUCCUUGCCAUCUGCUGCAUGAUCUUCCUGGGCUUUGCGGAUGAUGUACUGAAUCUACGCUGGCGCCAUAAGCUGCUGUUGCCUACAGCUGCCUCACUUCCACUCCUCAUGGUCUAUUUCACCAACUUUGGCAACACCACCAUUGUGGUACCCAAGCCCUUCCGUCCAGUUCUUGGACUGCACCUGGACUUGGGGAUCUUGUACUAUGUCUACAUGGGGCUGCUGGCAGUGUUCUGUACCAAUGCCAUCAAUAUCCUAGCAGGAAUUAAUGGGCUAGAGGCUGGCCAGUCACUAGUCAUAUCUGCGUCUAUCAUUGUCUUCAACCUGGUGGAGCUGGAUGGUGAAUAUCGGGAUGAUCAUGUCUUUUCCCUCUACUUCAUGAUACCCUUUUUUUUCACCACCCUGGGACUGCUCUACCAUAAUUGGUAUCCAUCACGGGUGUUUGUGGGCGAUACCUUCUGUUACUUUGCUGGCAUGACCUUUGCUGUGGUAGGCAUCUUGGGACACUUCAGCAAGACCAUGCUACUCUUCUUCAUGCCCCAGGUGUUCAACUUCCUCUACUCACUGCCUCAGCUCCUGCAUAUCAUUCCCUGCCCUCGCCACCGUAUUCCAAGACUCAAUACCAAGACAGGCAAAUUGGAGAUGAGCUAUUCCAAGUUCAAGACCAACAGCCUCUCUGUUUUGGGCACCUUUAUUCUAAAGGUGGCAGAGAGCCUCCGGCUAGUGACAGUGCACCAGAGUGAGAGUGAAGACGGUCCCUUCACCGAGUGUAACAACAUGACUCUUAUCAAUUUGCUGCUCAAAGUCUUUGGGCCCAUACAUGAGAGAAAUCUCACGUUGCUUCUGUUGCUACUACAGAUUCUGGGCAGUGUCGUCACCUUUUCCAUUCGGUAUCAGCUUGUCCGACUCUUCUAUGAUGUCUGAGUCCCCUGAUGCUGGCCCUGUACCUGCAGUCUCCAGGGCUUCUGACUCAGGAUGAGCUCUUUCUGGACCAAGGCUGCCUCCUAGCCCCAGGCCUCUUACACCUUUCAUUCUCCUCCAUAUUUGUUCUCAGCAUUUUCCUUCCCCUGUGACCAUUGACAUGUUGGGCCAUUCUUGCCCUUUAAUGACUACUGACUGAUAUUUGCCUAUGGCUUUCUUCAGCUUGUCACUCUCCUCCUUCCUGUUUUUGCAGCCUUUUGAGGUGGGAUAUGGCAGCUUUUAU